AUGAGGUUUUCAUUGCAGUCCGUCCUCGUGUUAGGACUAGGGGCUACCACGUCCCUUGCGGCCUCCUCCGACAAACCUCCCAAGAUCACACCGGCAUCGCGACAGAAUGAGGUCAAUUACACGGCGCCAUAUUUUCCUCUACUUGGAUUUGAGCAAUAUGCGGGCAAUCCCAUCAUGCGUCCAGACGCCAGCCACCCAUGGGAGUCUGAAUACCUCUACAACCCGAGCGCCAUCGUCAUGGAUGACAUGGUAUUCCUUCUCUAUCGUGCUCAAGAUGCGCAAAAGACCUCAAGCAUUGGUCUUGCCUGGUCUAGCGAUGGGUAUAACUUCACUCGGUACUCUCAGCCUAUUGUCUCCGCCACAGAGCCAUACGAGACCUCUGGUGGAUGCGAGGACCCCCGAGUUGUACGAGUUGACGGAACGUUCUAUCUAACCUACACGGCCUACGACGGCAAGGUCGCCCGCCUCUGCCUUGCGACUUCGACUGAUCUUGUCAACUGGAAGAAAUACGGUCCUAUCCUGCCCGAUUUCACCGAGACCGUGUACAACUGGCACGACCCCGUUACUUAUUUCGCACCCAAUCCGGCCGGCUGGACCAAGAGCGGUGCUAUAAUUGACGAGCGCCAACCUGAUGGUUACUACUACAUGCAAUUUGGAGAUACCUACCUCUAUACCGCCAACUCGACUGACCUGAUCCACUGGGAGGUCUCGGGAUACGGAAAGCCGUUCGCUCCUUUGAUGAAUCUCUGGGAGCAGGCUCUGACUGAGAGUGGGCCACCACCCAUCAAGACGAGGGACGGCAUGUGGUUGAAGGUCUACAAUGGGAUGGCUACUGGUGGUGCAGGAGGUUACGCAAUUGGCCAGUAUAGCACUGGACAGAUGCUCAUUGAUCCGGCCCAUUCUCCCUUGGGCCCACCCAUUGCACGCCUUGAGACUCCUAUCUUGCAACCUACAACGGCCACGGAGAUUACUGGGCAGGUUGAUAAUGUCGUUUUCAGUGAGGGCUUGGUGCAAUUCAAGGGCAAGUGGCUGCUUUACUUUGGCGCUGGCGAUGCGUUCCUCUCGGUGGCCCAGACUCAUGUGCAGCCCUAG